ACCAAGAUGGCGGCUCGCUCCUGCUUCGACACAGCCCCCACCGUAUGAGCUGGAUCUCCCUGCGCUGAGAGAGUAGAGAAGCUGGCAGGCUGACGGACAGGCGUCUGCAGGACGGAUUUUCUGGCUACUGACCAUUUAGCUGUGGCAUACCCGGAUUGUGUGUAGGUGGGACAUCGACAAUGAGCUCUGUUGCAGUUUUGACCCAGGAGAGCUUUGCAGAGCACCGCAGUGGGCUGGCUCAGCAGCAGAUUAAAGUUGCUGCUUUAAAUUCAGAAGAUGAGAGUGACCCCCCAACGUAUAAAGAUGCCUUCCCUCCACUCCCUGAGAAAUCUUCUUGCUUGGAAGCUGCUCAGGAGCCUGCUGGAGCCUGGGGCAACAAAAUCCGGCCCAUUAAAGCCUCCAUUAUCACUCAGGUGUUCCAUGUUCCCCUGGAGGAGAGGAAGUACAAGGACAUGAACCAGUUUGGGGAAGGAGAGCAAGCCAAGAUCUGCCUUGAGAUCAUGCAGAGGACCGGUGCUCACCUGGAGUUAUCUCUUGCCAAAGACCAAGGUCUCUCCAUCAUGGUCUCUGGAAAACUGGAAGCGGUUAUGAAGGCUCGGAAAGACAUUGUUGCAAGACUCCAGACACAGGCUUCAGCAACAGUGGCCAUCCCCAAAGAACAUCAUCGCUUUGUCAUUGGCAAGAAUGGUGAGAAACUCCAGGACUUGGAGCUCAAGACUGCAACCAAGAUCCAGAUUCCUCGCCCAGAGGAUCCCAGCAACCAGAUCAAGAUCACUGGUACCAAGGAAGGCAUCGAGAAGGCCCGGCAUGAAGUUCUGCUGAUCUCGGCUGAGCAGGACAAGCGCGCAGUGGAGAGGCUUGAUGUGGAGAAGGUGUUCCACCCUUUCAUUGCGGGGCCCUAUAACAAGCUGGUAGGUGAGAUCAUGCAGGAGACAGGCACGAGAAUCAACAUCCCACCACCCAGUGUGAACCGCACUGAGAUUGUCUUCACCGGAGAGAAGGAGCAGCUGGCGCAGGCUGUGGCCCGCAUCAAGAAGAUUUAUGAGGAGAAGAAAAAGAAGACCACCACCAUUGCUGUGGAGGUGAAGAAGUCUCAGCACAAGUACGUCAUCGGGCCCAAGGGCAACUCCCUGCAGGAGAUUCUGGAGAGAACUGGAGUCUCGGUCGAGAUCCCACCUACAGACAGCAGCUCGGAGACUGUGAUUCUGCGCGGUGAGCCUGAGAAGUUGGGGCAGGCGCUCACUGAAGUCUAUGCCAAGGCCAACAGUUUCACAGUUUCCUCUGUCUCUGCUCCAUCUUGGCUUCACCGUUUCAUCAUAGGCAAGAAAGGGCAGAACCUGGCCAAAAUCACUCAGCAGAUGCCAAAGGUUCACAUAGAAUUCACUGAAGGAGAGGAUAAGAUCACACUGGAAGGACCCACUGAGGAUGUGAAUGUGGCUCAAGAACAGAUUGAGAGCAUGGUCAAGGAUCUGAUUAACCGGAUGGAUUAUGUUGAGAUCAACAUUGACCACAAAUUUCAUAGACAUCUGAUUGGAAAGAAUGGUGCCAACAUAAAUAGAAUCAAAGAUCAGUACAAGGUCUCUGUGAGAAUCCCUCCUGAUAAUGAAAAAAGCAAUUUGAUCCGAAUCGAGGGGGACCCUCAGGGUGUCCAACAGGCCAAGAAAGAGCUGCUGGAACUUGCAUCCCGCAUGGAAAAUGAACGUACCAAGGACUUAAUCAUUGAGCAGAGAUUUCAUCGAACAAUCAUUGGGCAGAAAGGUGAACGAAUCCGUGAAAUUCGUGAUAAAUUCCCAGAGGUUAUCAUCAAUUUUCCAGACCCAGCCCAAAAAAGUGACAUCGUACAACUCAGAGGCCCCAAGAAUGAGGUGGAGAAAUGCACCAAAUACAUGCAGAAGAUGGUGGCAGAGCUGGUUGAAAAUAGCUAUUCCAUUUCUGUUCCAAUCUUCAAACAAUUCCACAAGAACAUCAUUGGAAAAGGAGGGGCAAACAUCAAAAAGAUCCGUGAAGAAAGCAACACCAAGAUUGACCUGCCAGCAGAAAAUAGUAACUCGGAGACCAUUGUCAUCACAGGCAAGAGAGCCAAUUGUGAAGUUGCUCGAAGCCGGAUCCUUUCCAUUCAGAAAGACCUGGCCAACAUUACAGAAGUGGAGGUGUCCAUUCCAUCCAAGCUUCAUAACUCCCUCAUUGGCACCAAAGGCCGCUUGAUCCGUUCCAUCAUGGAGGAGUGUGGGGGGGUGCACAUUCACUUUCCCACAGAAGGCUCGGGCAUCGAUACCGUGGUCAUCAGGGGCCCUGCCCCAGACGUGGAGAAAGCCAAAAGACAACUGCUACACCUGGCGGAAGAAAAGCAAACCAAGAGUCACACCGUGGAUCUCCGUGCCAAACCUGAGUAUCACAAAUUCCUCAUUGGCAAAGGGGGCGGGAAUAUCCGCAAGGUUCGGGACAACACCGGGGCCCGAAUCAUUUUCCCCACUUCGGAGGACAAGGAUCAAGAGCUGAUAACUAUCAUUGGGACGGAGGAAGCUGUUAGAGAGGCUCAGAAGGAGCUAGAGACUCUCAUUAAAAACCUGGAUAACGUGGUAGAAGACUGCAUGCUGGUGGACCCUCGACAUCAUCGCCAUUUUGUCAUCCGAAGAGGCCAGGUCUUACGGGAGAUUGCUGAAGAGUAUGGGGGUGUGAUGGUUAGCUUCCCCCGUUCUGGUACGCAGAGUGAUAAAGUUACACUCAAAGGAGCCAAAGAUUGUGUGGAGGCAGCCAAGAAAAGGAUCCAGGAAAUCAUUGAGGAUUUGGAGGCCCAAGUGACAAUGGAGUGUGCCAUUCCCCAGAAGUACCAUCGCUCCAUCAUGGGUCCCAAAGGUUCCCGAAUCCAGCAGAUCACUCGUGACUACGGUGUCCAGAUUAAGUUUCCCGAUCGGGAGGAGAACCCAGCUCCUGUCACCGAGUCAGUUGUCCAAGAAAAUGGGGAAGAAAUUGGGGAGGGGAAGUACAUCAAAGAGGCUGACCCGGGCUCCCCGAGGAAGUGUGACAUCAUUAUCAUUUCCGGUCGAAAAGAGAAGUGCGAGGCUGCCAAGGAAGCCCUUGAGGCGCUGGUUCCUGUCACCAUCGAGGUCGAGGUGCCCUUCGAUCUCCAUCGCUACAUCAUUGGGCAGAAAGGAAGCGGGAUUCGAAAGAUGAUGGACGAGUUUGAGGUGAAUAUCCAAGUCCCGGCGCCCGAGCUGCAGUCCGACAUCAUUGCCAUCACCGGCCUCGUCGCCAACCUGGACCGGGCGAAGGCCGGCCUCCUGGAGCGCGUGAGGGAGCUGCAGGCCGAGCAGGAGGACCGGGCUUUGAGAAGCUUUAAGCUGAAUGUCACUGUAGAUCCCAAAUAUCACCCUAAAAUCAUUGGGAGGAAGGGGGCAGUGAUCACCCAGAUCCGGCUGGAACACGAAGUGAACAUCCAGUUCCCCGACAAGGAUGAUGAGAACCAGGCACAGGACCAAAUCACCAUCACAGGGUACGAAAAGAACACGGAAGCUGCUCGCGACGCCAUCAUGAAAAUUGUGGCUGAACUUGAACAGAUGGUCUCAGAGGAUGUCUCGCUGGACCACCGUGUCCAUGCCCGUAUCAUUGGAGCCCGGGGCAAGGCCAUCCGUAAAAUCAUGGAUGAGUUCAAAGUAGACAUCCGUUUCCCACAGAGCGGAGCCCCUGACCCGAACUGUGUGACUGUGACUGGACUUCCUGAUAACGUGGAGGAAGCCAUCGACCACAUCCUCAACCUGGAGGAGGAAUACCUGGCUGACGUGGUGGACACUGAGGCUCUGCAGGCAUACAUGAAGCCCCCUGCCCACGAAGAGGCCAAAGCUCCGUCCAAGGGCUUUGUGGUGAGGGACGCUCCCUGGGCGGCCGGCGGCAGCGAGAAGGCUCCCGACAUGAGCAGCUCUGAAGAUUUUCCAAGCUUUGGGGCUCAGGUAGCCCCUAAGACUCUCCCUUGGGGCCCCAAACGAUAAUGAUGAGAAAGGAGAACCAUCUCCAGCUGCCGACCUAAAGUAGCACCACAAAUACUGUGUCUUAAUCUGACCCAGCGGCUGGAUCCUAUGUAAAUUGUGUGUCCCCCCGCCCCGCCCCCCCUGC